GCUGGAAGACAUGAUGGGGCGACCGCCUCAAACACCUGUCUAUGCAGCGGUCUUCGAGCGAUUACAAACAACUGACGAUGCGCUCGCUGACUUAAGCAAGAAGGUGGACGCUAUGGUGAACUCGGUGGAGUCGCUGCCUGAAUUCGUUGAAGGGCGGAUGGAUUCCACGCGAGAUGAAUUCAUGUUGCUGUCGGAAGCGGUUGAGUCCAAGGUCAAGAAGAUCAUGGAUGACGUGUCCCUACUGAAGAGGGUGGGCGCGAGUGUGCUCGAGGAGCAGCGUCAAUUCCCAUCGAAAGUCCGAAUUCCAGAUCCUAAGACGUUUGAUGGUACCCGAGAUGCCAAGGAUGUUGAGAAUUUCCUUUGGGACAUGGAGGCGUAUUUCCAUGUAGCCAGAGUCCUGGACGACGAGAAAGUGUCUAUAGCGAGCAUGUUCUUGUCGGGGGACGCAAAGCUCUGGUGGCGUGCGCGAGCGUCUGAUGACGUUAGUGCAAAUCGGGAAGGGAUCAAAACGUGGGAUGUUAUGAAGCGAGAGUUGAGGGAUCAGUUCCUACCUUGCAACACAGAUUGGGUUGCGAGGGAAGCCUUAAGAAACCUGAAGCAAGAGGGUGCGGUUCGUGAAUAUGUCAAGGUUUUCAGUUCCUUGAUGCUUGACAUUAGUGAGAUGUCGGAGCGGGACAAGUUGUUCAACUUUAUGGCGGGAUUACAAGGAUGGGCCCAAGCCGAGUUGCAGCGGCAAAGGGUUAGUGAUCUGCCUACGGCAAUGGCUGCUGCCGAGCGCCUUGUAGAUUUCAAGGUGAUUGGUGCCUCUGACUCGAGUGAACAUGUGAAAGACUCGACGAAGAAGGAUGGGAAAUCAAAGAAGUUCAAAGGUGGAAAGCACCGAGAGAAGUCCGACGAGGGGAGUAGUGGUACGCCCCGUGAUACGUCCAAACAAAUGAUGGUGGACCGAAGUCGUGGCUGUUUCUUGUGUGAUGGCGACCACUUAAUGAAGGAUUGUCCCAAGCGAUUCAAGGCCAAAGCUAACGCCUUAGUGGUGAAAGGCGAUGCAUGCGACGAUGAAGGCACGAUUGGCCUAAACUCGUUGGUGCUAUUGAACAACGUAAGUGUCCAAGACGAAUCAUGUUCGGGUUUAAUGUUUGUGAAGGCUGCUGUGAAGGAUAAGCAAAUCAUGGCAAUGGUGGAUUCGGGUGCAUCCCAUUCCUUCAUGAACGAGACGAUGGCCUCGCGGCUAGGCCUUAAACUUGAGCCAAGUGACGGAUUGAGGAUGAAGUCUGCUACGCGCACAACACCAAUCAAGGGGGUGGCUGAAGUGGACAUGGUCAUUGGACCGUGGAAAGGUACGUGCAAGGUGCAU